GUUUGCAGCAUGAAGAACACAUCACCAGAGCAUCAACUUAGCAACGUACUCAACAACCUAAGGUAAUAAAUGGAUUCGCUUAGAGAACCUAGAGAGCUACGAGGUAACCAGGGCCGAGAAGAAGAAGAAGAAGAGGGGGUAAUAUCAGCAGAGCCUAUCACAAUGAUAGUGCCACCGGAGUUGCAAGACUUGCCGGAAACAAUGGCGCUUGAGAGCAGCACCAGUUCGAGUGCUAGGGACAACGGUGGCGACCACCCUACUGCCUCGUCUAGCAGCUCGUCCUCAGAAGAGACACCCAGUCGCGAGGAAGGGACGGGGGAUGUGGUUGGUCAUGUCUCAGACCGCCCUGUAGUUGGGGAGUGGGAAAGUAGAAUGAUCAUGGGCAGGAUAAGCAAUCUACGAAAGGCGCCCAAGGAUCUGCCCGCUGGGUUUAGGUUCCGAGUUGCCCUUCAUCAUGAAGUAGCAGACUGUGCGCCCUCAAUAAGUGGGUAUAGGAGACUGGAGGAGAUGGUGGGAGCGUACCACAUCCCCAAAACCAUAUUGCUCCUGACAGGCGGGCAGAAUGAAAGGGCAUGCAUAGUAUCGCAAACGGGCUGGAUACUAGUGUACGUGGACCACUUUGACGCUGGCUUACGGUUUCCCUUGCCCGGGCUAGUGUUCGACCUAAUAGCGGACUACGAGUUGGCGUUAACGCAGCUGAUGCCCAACAGCAUAAGGUUCAUCAUUGGCUUUAUGCUGUUGUGUGUUCGAUUAGAGGUACCGGCCAAGGCGAUCGUGUUCAGGUCGUUGUUUCAAUGCCGGAUGUGUCCCAACUCUCGAGGCGCAAAGUGGUAUUACCUUUCCGGGCGAGAGAAGAGCCAGCUGUUCAAGAACGUUCGGAACAAAGUGGCGAGGUGGAAGAGGCAAUUCAUAUUUGUUCGUGACACGCGAACAGAGAGAAUAAGCAAUGACCUCACUGCCCGACUAUUUGAAUGGCGUGUGCCUAAUGCACAUGUCAACUACCCUCAGCUGCUCCCACGAGACAUAGAUCUCAAGAAUCGGCUGCUGGAGCACGCAAGGAGCGAAAAUUUGAUAGAUCUCAAGGCCCUGGUUACCCCGGAGUUGCUCGCUGUGUUCGGGAGAGAUGAGCAACAUACUCGAGCGCCAGCGUCAGCAAGCCCAGGGCUCACGAGCUCGUCACACCGAGGAUUGAGCUCGGCGUCAAGGCCACGGGCCGAUCAUAGAGCUGAGGUCGUGGCCCUGAGUGCACGCAGGCGUGCACGGGAAGAAACAAAAAGUGAGGACGAGGUCCCCCUAAUCCGGCGCAGAACAAGCGGGGGGACUCAACUCGUAGAGGUGGCUCGUCCUGCGUUCGUGCGCUCACCCACCGCGUGGGCAGCAGCAGAGCCUGCUUCUACGUCGGCCUCAGUGUCGGGCCCUAGGAUCGCUUAUCCUGAGGGCUUCAGCUAUGUGAGGGCGGAGUGCCAGCCCACCAUGGUGCAAGGCAUGCAUAGCUUUGUGCCCCCCGCGGAUAGUAAGCGGGCAAAAGCUUUUGUGCAGCAGAAUGGCGGCCAGGUCGCCAUGAUCAAACUGAUGGACGAAUUCAGCUACGCUGUAGCGUUCUACAAGAGUGAGCAGGGGGCUCGUACACAGAACAGCAAGCUCGGUUCAAAAUGUAAACAGCUGGUUGCUGAGAAGGCUAGCCUUGUGGACGAUGUGAAUCGUCUGCAAGGCUCUGAAAUGGCGAAUCGAGCUGCGGCUGCAGAGAGCCGGGCGGACGAGCUUGCCAACAGAAACAAUGAGCUUAGGGAAGAGUUGGAGCACCAGGUCGCCGAGGACGACCAGAACCUCACUGCUGCCGGGGAGUCGCUGAACGAGCUGAAGACUUCCCACGCGCGCUCUGUAAGCAUUGCUCGAGCUCAAGGGGCGGAAUGGUUCGUGGGUUUGGCUGCGUUUCAGGACGCCGUGGUGGUGGCUUUUGCAAAUGUAACCACGAAGAUCUACAACGAGAUCCGUGGGAAGGUGCUGCAACACCGCCUGGACUUCCCGAUUGGCGAGCUGGCAUUCUUCGACGGGGAGGACCUGGACGAGCAGGGGAAGAGUCUUGCUCCCAUUGUCGACGCAACGGUGCGGUUGAGGUGGGACCUCAACGAGGAGGGACCUCAACGAGGAGGGACCUCAACGAGGAGGGACCUCAACAAGGAGGGAGUGCCUGUUUGGCCUCCUCAGGUCCUUGAGGACGGGGAGGAUCCAACAAGGCUGCCCUCUUUUGACGCAUGGGUAGAGGGUGCUCCUGUAGCUGAGCAGGAGCCUUCAAGCACCCCGCCCAGCUCUCAACUCGUUGUGGUGCCAGCCAGCUCGCCCGUUAAUGCACCAGCUUCUGAACCCGUAGCCCGGUCUCCUCCAACUCGCUCUCCUGCAGCUGCUGCUGAUGCAUCCAUACCCGUCGAUCUGACGGAUGACUAGACUUAGGGUUUUUCCUUUUUGACUUUUUGUAUUUUCUUUUGAUUACUUGUAUUGAUCAAUGACAUUAUAUGUCAUGUACUUCAACUGUAAAUGAUCAUUGAUGAAACACAAAUUGAAUUUCCUUUUUUG